AUGGAUAAUCAACAAUCGACUAAAAUGCCAAAACCAUUCGAUAAUGACGAAGAAUUAAAUGAACCAAUUGCAGAUGAUAAUAAUCAACAAUUUUUUCAAUUCCGUGAUGAUGAUCGAUUAAAACAAGAAGAUGAUUAUCGACAAGAAAUGUUGAAAGUUCAAGAUGAAAUUAUAACAUUACGUCAAGUACUUGGAGCUAAAUUAAAACGUGAAAGUGAAUUAAAAACAUUAUUAGGUGUUGGUUUUGUUGAUGAUCUCAAACAAGAUUGGAAUGAAACUGUUCAUGAUUUUAAAGCAACAUCAGCAUAUCAAAAAACAGCUGGAACAUUACAAGCAGCAUCGGAUAAAAUUGCACCAGCUAUACAAACGGUUAAUACAUCACUUAAAUCACGCCUUGGUACUCUUAAAAAUUCCAGUUUUUUCCGAACAUUUGAAAAUACACUUGGUUCAGGUGUUAAUGCUGUUAAAUCAAAAAUAGCACCGUCAAAAUCCGCUAUGAAUUUUAAUGGAAAUAAUGAUGAUGAAUUUAGUCGAGGUGCUGCAGGAGGAUCUAUACCUACAAGUGUAACACAUAAUGAACAUCUUGAUUUUGGUAGUGAUUUCGAUAAAAAGAAAGAUUUAACAACUAAAUAA